AUGGAGCUCCGAACCGUCAUCUUCUUCCUAGUCAUCUACGUCGGUAAGUCCAACCUACAUGAACGCCGUGACCACUGUCGCCAAACCCCGGCGACAACCCCAAAUGCAUUUAAAUCCCCCUCUGACGAAUCCCCAGGUAUCCGCCUCUACCAAUCCCGCCGCAACAGCAGUGCUCCCAUCAUGUCUCACGGAAAGGUCGUCAACAUCGACAACGAGGUCAUCUUCAAGGCCCUGACCUCCUCCGGUCCCACCGUCAUCGACUUCUACGCGACCUGGUGUGGACCCUGCAAGGCUGUCGCGCCUAAGAUCGGCGAGCUCAGCGAAAAAUACCCGAACGUGCGCUUCCUGCAGGUCGAUGUUGAUAAGAUGGGUCAGGUUUCUCGCCAGUUCGGUGUCACUGCUAUGCCGACCUUUGCGUUCUUGAAGGAUGGUCAGGAACUUGCUGAGAAGCGGGUUCGUGGCGCUGAUCUUCGCGCCGUGGAGGCUGGUAUUCAGGCUAUAACUGCUUAA